AUGUAAAGAAAAAUAAUAGCAAUUUUAUUUAUCUUUUUAAUUCUUGGGAGUAAUUAAGCAAAAGAAAAUACUUCAAAAAAUAAAUGCUUAAAAUACAAUAAGGGAAAAAUAUUUGAUUGCAUUAAGAAACAACUAGCUAUGGCCUUUUAAUAUCAAUCAAUUUCAUCUUUCGCUGCAUUUAUAGCUAUUAAAAUAGGUAUAUGGUUAGCUGGUUUUUCUUCACUUGGUCCAGUAGCUGGUUCAAUAGCAGCUUGGUUUUAGUCACUAUUAGGAAAUGUUGUAGCAAAUUCCUUAUUUUCAUUUUUUUAAGCUGUGGCUAUGGGGAAAACAGCAUUAUUAAUAAUUCCAAGUUUGGCUAUAGGAACUAUUAUAGGAAUAAUCUAUUUAGUUCUUAAUUGUUUUUCUUCAGAUUCUUGUGAUUUAGAAGAAAAACAGAGAUAGAAGAGAUCUAAUUAAAAAGAUAAUCAAGAAAAAAAAAAUCAAAAAAAAUAAAAAGAAUCAUUUUGGAGUUCUUCUUGGGAUAUUAUCAAAUAAAUUGCAUAAGACUAAGUAGAAAUAGUGUCAGAAUUGAUACCCUCCAUGCCAAAAUAAAUUACAGAUCUUAAGAAAAAUAUAUAAAGCUAAUUGACAAAAAUAUUUCCUAAUUUUUCUAAUUAAUUUGCUGAAUUUGCUGGGGAUGCUUUAAAAUUUUCAGACUAUUUGACGAAUAUCAUUUCAGAUCAACUUUAAAUUGCUUAAGAGAAUAUGAAAAUUGUAUAUGAAUCGAUAGCAUAAAAAAUCGAUGAAUCUAUAGUUGGAUUAUCUGAUUUAGUUGAAUUUAUUUGGGAAAAUAGAUUAAUUCUACAGGAAUCAUUUGAAUAUACUUUUUAAGUGUUGAAAGAAUAAUAUUAUUAUUUUUAGACUUUGUCAAAGAAAAUAGAUGGAAUGAAAUAGUCAAUAAAAAAAGAUGCUUGUAUGAAUAGUUUUUUAGAAUACCUUGAUGGAAUAGAAAAUUCAUGAUUAUCAAUCAUAAUAUUAGUAUUUUCAUU